AAAUACAUAGCCACCAGUAAAGCAUGUGUUCUAGUCAUUGAGUAGUUUUGUCUUCUUUUUUCUAGAAACGACGAAUUCGCCGAAUGGAUGAUUAAAAAAAUAAAUAAAGGAUGACAAUAGAGUGUCCCUGUGGCAACGACGAGCCAAGCCGUUUUCUGGUCUAUGAACAAUCGUUAGGUGUGUUCUGCAAACGUUGUAAAAAAGAAUGGCUGUCAAACACGGAAAUCAAUCCGGACUCUACAGAUGAAGGACCGGGAGUUAAACGCGUUCGGGUUUAUAGACCCAGAGAUACGUCUCAAUAUAAACUGCACGAAAACAAUGUCCUGAUGGUACAGAGUUCGCGUAUCCGUGAAACCGAUAUAAGUCAACUAAAGAUCGGUGACCACAUUGCCUUCCACCGUCCUUAUAUCAUAUGGCAUCAUGGUAUCGUCACUCGUGUCCACACCAACGAAAAUGCUGUGGAGGUGAUAAACUGGCAGAUGGUAAAUCGGAAUAUGGUUAUCAUACAACAGAAACUUUACAUUUCGAAGGAACGUGGAGAUCUGUACAAGAUUAAAUACACUUCGGAUAUCGAUCUGUCCAAUCCCCCACGUCUCGUGAUUGCCAGAGCCAGGUCGAGGCUGUGGGAAACAGGCUUUCAUAUAUUCAAUGACAAUUGUGAAUCAUUUGCCACAUUUUGUAAAACUGGUGUCAGCAAAAGUCACCAGUACAGCUGGCUGGUCGCUAAGGCUUGUGAAGUUUUGGGACAUAUCUACGUAAUCACAGUAAUUACUUGUCUUUGUACACUUUCGUGUGUUGCUGCAAAUGUUGUAGGAAUUGUGGGACCAGUGGACGUGAUUGUCCUUGAAGGUCUGACUCUAAUUUGGGAUAUCAUAAAGGCGUACAGCGAGCGAAGAAAUGGCAAUCUGUCCCGAAACGAAUACGUUAAAAUUGCCAUACGACGUAUCGUUGACGGGGUCGUCACUGUAACGUUCACGAUAGUUGGGAUAAUUGUUGGUGUGUCCCUUGUCGUGACUGGGCCAAUCGUACCUUGCUUACUUGCAUGUGCCGUUGGUGGGAUUAUUGGAGCGAGUUUAGGUAAAAUUGGGGGAACUUUAUUAGGUAGCUUGAUCGGAAGAGCAAUAGUCAAGUGUUUUAAGACGGAUGAUAAAGCAGUAGACAAAAUUACCGAUCUGAUGCCAGGAGAUCACGUGGUCUUAACAAAGUGGGCUUUACAUCCACGUUGUCAUGGUAUUCUUGUUGAGCACGAUGGUCAAUCGCAAAUCAGGAUAAUUCGGAACAAAUGCAAACAUGGCGUUGUGGACGAGUGGGUGCCCUUUGAAAAACCACUGUAUUUGGUGAUGCACAAAAAGAAAAAAUGUUUUCCGAAUGAGACUGUAUUGAAAAGGGCAAGAGGUCAGUUAGGAGCUAGACGAUACAAUAUUGUCACUCAUAACUGCAAGACUUUUGCCAAUUGGUGCAAAAGGCGUCAAUGA